AUGAUCGGUCUGAAAUUUAAACACGGUGAUGAGAUAUUGAGCAUGAGCCCAUUGUUUUUCGUACUGUCGACACUUUGGGUACGUGAACAUAACCGAGUGUGCGACGAGUUGUCACGGAAGUCACCGUCGUUGAACGAUACACAAUUGUACAGAACGGCCAGGAAGAUUGUAACCGGUCAAAUGAUGACCAUCAUGAUGAACGAAAUCCUAAAUGUGGAACUCAGACCGAAACUGUACCACCAUCGAAUGGAAAACAUCAGUGGUUUCCACACACCUAUUGAACUGUUUUUGACGAUGGCUGUAUCAAGUCUGCCGGAAGAAUUGUCGUAUUGCAGACAAGUUUCGGAAGCUGGCUUAAAAAAAGCCCUGGAAUUUAUGGUGAAAUCAAAGAUGGGCAUGGUCACAGCUCACAAUGACGGUGUCUUGACGGAAUGCCUUACAAAGACACUAAUAACACUCUCGAGAUCAUAUUCUUUACAGGGAUUCAAUAACUAUAGAAGGCUGUUAGGGCUGCCUGCUUACAAUAGCUUUUUAGAUCUGACCGGAAACCAUGAAACCGCAACUAAAUUGAAAAAUCUGUACGGUACCGUGGAUAACGUGGAGUUGUUAACCGGUAUAGUGACAGAAAGAUCCAGAUCCGAAGCCCUACCCACAGCUAAAGUCCUGUCGAAUAGUUUUAUCAUUAACGCAAUCUUGACAAAUGAUCUCACCGCCAAACACUCGUGGGUACCGUACAAGUUCGGAGGUAUCGAAUUUUUUGAACUAGUUGAGCGUACCAGUUUAGAGUCAUUGGUGUAUCGAAACGUGGACGUGAAUCGUGACGAGUUACAAAUUUCUCUUUACGCGGAAUAA